CUUAUAUCAAAAAUGGACGGCAGAAAAAUCUUUCUAGUGAUUUUAUUUAAUGUUUUAGCAACUGUUGAGUCAACUUGCUCAAGUAACGAUAUGAAAUGCUGUCUCCCCGGCCUCUCUUGGAAUUAUGAUUUAAAUACAUGUACAGCUUGUAAAAUAGGUUUUUCCGGUCCCAAUUGUGAAAAUACCUGCAGAUACCCGAGCUAUGGGAAAAGAUGUCAACAUGAAUGCAACUGCACCCAGGAAUUUUGUGACUUUGUCAGUGGAUGUCAAAAUAGUUCAGCUUGUAAAAUUGGUUUUUACGGCAAAAAAUGUGAAAAUCCCUGCAGAUACCCGAGCUAUGGGAAAAGAUGUCAACAUGAAUGCAACUGCACCCAGGAAUUUUGUGACUUUGUCGGUGGAUGUCGAAAUAGUUCAGAUUGUAAUCCUGGAUAUUAUGGCCUGACCUGUUCAGAUCCCUGUAGAUUUCCUAACUACGGAGAAAGAUGUCAAUCCAAGUGUUAUUGUUUUGAGACAGCUUGUCAUCAUAUCAUGGGAUGUCAAUUAGGCACAGAGAUCCCAGAAAUUCUCCUUGUAUGGAAUGCGACUUCACAAGAAGAGGGGCGUUCUUAUAUGGAAAAAUUUCAAAUAAUAAUCAUUAUUGGAGGAUCCGUUAUUUUCACUUUCGUCGUAAUUGUUGUGAUGGUAGUAAUCACCAUGGUGAGAAGAGUUAUAAGAUCUGACAAAAGGAAGAAAUUUGAAUGUAACUUUGAUUCUGAAUUUAGCUCGUGUCAUUCUUCACCGGGCGAUACAGUGCGAGGUACAUGUACAACUUCCGCCAGAUGUGUACAAAGCUUUGACUUGAACGGGAAGUCGGUAGAAAGUUACGAAUUUGAGAUCUAUGAAAAUACGAGUAUGAGUAUUCAGGGAAACAGGGACGAACGUUAAGACUCAAUUAAAAGCAAUGAUCACUUCAUUAUAUACAUAAGAACUUGUCAUUAAAUAA